CUGAAAGGAUACGAGUGAGUGAAAAUUAUAAAUGAAUAAAUUCAGUUCAGAGAAACAAACACUAUAAAGCUCAAAUAACCUAUACAAAACAGGACCCUGAUGAAUCGGAUUUCUUGAAAAUCAUCAACAAAGACGAAUCUUUUUUGCGCCUGAAAAAGAUAACAACUAAAGCGAACCAUAUACGGGAAACAGUAGUUAAAAUUAUGCCCAUUGAAAGUGAUAUUCUCGCCCAACUAAAGCAAUUCAUCCGAGAGGAAAACAAUAAACAAACAGAAGCAUUGAAGAAGAACUUCAAGGAAGAAAUUGAUGGAAUAAAGUCGGAGAUCUAUGAGCUCAGGAAAAAUAUUGAAGACCAGGCAGAUAAAGUACGAACUCUAGAAAAUUCGACAGAAAUACUAGAGCAAAAAUUCAAAAACAUAGAUCGAAGAUUAAGGAAAAAUAAUAUAGUAAUUUUUGGCUUCAAUGUCCCCAAAGAAGAUCUGAUUGAAUGCACAAUUGCUGGUCUGAAUCAAUUGCUAAAUCUUGAUUUGCAGAAGACCAAUAUAAAUAACAUUCAGCUAAUUGGGAAACGUGAAACAAACCGUCCAAUACUAGUCGAAUUUGUUUCAUACCUAACGAAACAAGAAGUUUUGAAGAAUUGCAAAAACCUAAAAGGCUCUAAGAUAUCAAUUACAGAGGAUCUAUCUAAGGAAGACCAAUUAACACGAAAAUCGCUCCUGAAACAUCAGGCAAUCGCCAGACACAAAGGAAUGAAUGCAUAUAUAAGAGGAAACAAACUUGUUAUAAACAAAGACAUAUACUCCUUGGAAGAACUCGAUACUGAAGAUCACCAUAACAUCGUAGAAGCUGAGAGAGCAAGUAGUGCCCCACCAACACCAAUAGCUGCAAAGUCAUUGGAAAGAAACCAAAACGAAACAGAAAACCCACAGAUUCCCGAGUUUCACAAAUCCCUGAAAGAUAAGAAACAAGAAGAAGAGCAACUACAGGUAUUUAGACCUAUUACAAGACAUUUUUCUGAGAAAUCAACUGGAAAUAAAAAAUUUGUAAGUACACCGCCGGCUCAGCAAACUACAGCAAACUCCAAGAACAUCUAUAAGAAAAAAUGA